GAAAAAGGACCUCAACAAUUACUACAGGGACUUGAUUCGUUUUUUUUUAAUCCCGUGACAAUUCGCCGUAAAGUAUUUGUUUUAUUUCGUGCUUUGUUACCGCGAAAGAAACACUGGAUGUUGUUUCUCUUUGACGAUGAGUGAAGCGAUUGAUGGAGUGGGUCAGGCGGAUUGUAGUCGGAGCUGCGCCCGCGGGUGAGACAGGACCCUUAUUGAGGUGUUGACGGUUGGAAAGCGAUGAGUUCCAAGCGGAGCCGGAGCCGGGACCGGAGUCGGAGUCGCAGCCACUGCCACUACAAGAGGAAGGAGAAGCGGCGCCGCUCCCGGUCAGCUUCCCGGGACGGGAGAUGCAGGAGGAACCGCAGCCGGAACCGGAGCCCGUCUCCCAGACGGUUAAAACCGCGCUCGUCCCCCGCCCGCUCCAGGAGCCGGUCCCGUUCGCCGCCGCUUUCUCCCCGUCCUGCCGCCGCCACCGCCUCCUCCUCCUCCUCCUCCUCCUCCCUAUCCCCAUCCCCAUCCCCAUCCCCCUCCGGCAGCCCGAGCAGUGUAAGCCGCUUGCUGAGCCUCCAGGAGAAGCUGAGGCAGAAAGCCGAGAAGAAGCAACAGCGAGAACUGGCCAAGGCCAUCGAGACCCCGGAGGAGAAGCGGGCCCGCCGCCUGGCUAGGAAAGAGGCUAAAGAAAGGAAGAAGAGGGAGAAGAUGGGCUGGAGCGAGGAGUACAUGGGCUACACGAACGCGGACAAUCCAUUCGGAGACAACAACCUGCUGGGCACCUUUAUCUGGCAUAAGGCUCUGGAAAAGAAAGGAAUUAGUCACCUAGCUGAGAAAGAUUUAAAGGAGAGAAACAAGCAAAUUCAAGAAGACAAUCGCUUGGAAUUGCAAAAGGUAAAACAGCUACGUCUGGAACGAGAGCGGGAAAAGUGCCUACGGGAACAGGAAUUGGAGAUGUUACAACGCGAGAAGGAAGCAGAGCAUUUUAAGACCUGGGCAGAACAAGAGGAUUAUUUCCAUUUACAGCAAGCUAAACUGAGAUCAAAGAUCCGCAUUUUAGGAGGCAGAGCCAAGCCAAUUGACCUUCUUGCAAAAUACAUCAGUGCAGAGGAUGAUGAUCUAGCUGUAGAAAUGCAUGAACCGUAUACAUUUCUAAAUGGGCUGACUGCAUCAGACUUGGAAGAUCUUCUUGAGGAUAUCAGGGUCUAUAUGGAGUUAGAGCAAGGAAAGAAUGCUGACUUUUGGAGAGAUAUGACUACUAUUACUGAGGAUGAAAUAAGUAACCUGAAAAAACUUGAAGCUUCUGGAAAAGGACCAGGAGAGAGAAGAGAAGGAAUUAAUACUUCAGUGAGCACUGAUGUCCAGUCAGUAUUUAAAGGAAAAACUUACAACCAGCUUCAAGCGUUGUACCUGAACAUUGAGGCAAAGAUCAAAACUGGUGGUUCAAAUCUGGACAUUGGCUAUUGGGAAUCUUUAUUGCAACAACUCAAGGCAUAUAUGGCCAGAGCCAGACUACGUGAAAGGCAUCAGGAUGUGUUGCGUCAGAAGCUUUACAAACUGAAGCAGGAGCAGGGAGUGGAAAGUGAACCCUUGUUUCCCAUUCUAAAGAAAGAAUCAGAGUCUCCCAAGGAAAAAGUUGACGAAACAGGUCGAAAUGAAUUACAUCAGAAUAUUUGCGUGCUAAAGCAAAAUCAACAAGUUGAAAAUGAGUCAUUCUUCGCAAUUCCAAAUAAAGAGCCUCCAUUUCCCAAGGACAGAUCAAGUGAAAACAAGGAAGCACCGGGCACUUCUGCCUCAGGCACUUCAGAACCAAAUGAAGAUGAUGAGAAUGCAGAACAGGAAGCUGAAGGAGAGGCAGUGCUUACUGAGGAGGAUCUAAUCCAGCAAAGCUUGGAUGAUUAUGAUGCUGGCAAAUACAGUCCUAGGUUACUCAGCCCUCAUGAAUUACCUAUGGACACUCACAUAGUAGAUGCUGAAGAGGAUCUGCAAAAAUUAAUGAUGGCAAGGCAGCAAUUGCAAGUGACAGGUGAUGCUAGUGAGAGUGCUGAAGAUGCUUUUGUACGCAAAGCCAAGGAGGGAAUGGGAACUGACGAAGCUCAGUUCAGUGUGGAGAUGCCCUUAACUGGUAAAGUCUACCUUUGGGCUGACAAAUAUCGUCCAAGGAAACCCCGCUUCUUCAACCGUGUUCAUACAGGCUUUGAGUGGAACAAGUACAAUCAAACACAUUAUGAUUUUGACAAUCCUCCUCCAAAGAUUGUCCAGGGUUACAAAUUCAACAUAUUUUAUCCAGACCUUAUUGACAAAAGAGCAACCCCACAAUACUUCCUAGAGCCGUGUGUGGACAACAAAGACUUUGCAAUUCUACGCUUCCAUGCAGGCCCUCCAUAUGAAGAUAUUGCUUUCAAAAUUGUGAACCGUGAGUGGGAGUACUCUCACCGGCAUGGUUUUAGAUGUCAGUUUGCCAAUGGGAUAUUUCAACUAUGGUUUCAUUUUAAAAGAUAUCGUUACAGAAGAUAGAAGCUGCUGAGUAAAAGGAUAUGACUGUUUAUUGUGUAUUCAUUGCAUUCUUUUCUGAGAUUGUCGACCAGUUAUGAAUGUUGCAGAAGACUAUAAAACCGUGUUCUCAAACAAGACUGAAAUACGUUUUUCAUAAUGAUGAGAGAUAAAUUUUAAUCCCUUCUAUACUGUGAUUUUUCUAGUAAGUUUCUGUGGUCAUGGGAAUGCAAGCUAAUUAUAAAUUCAUAAUACGGCCCCGCUGUAAGAACGAAAUCUCCUAAAAUGACUUUGUAUCAUUUGAGGUAUAUUUGUGUUGUUCCUUUGAUCUCUAUUGCAAGAACUUGCAAGUUCUUUUUUCCAUACAAUUUUUUUUAGUAGGAAUAUAAACAUUGGAGUAGGCUGUUUAAUCCCUCAAGCCUAUUGCACCAUUCUUGAGAUCAUGGUUAAUCUGCAAUUCAACUUCAUUUGCCUGCUUAUGUUCCAUAUCCCUUCAUAUAUCUGGCGAUCAAAAAUCUAUCAAACUCUCUUUGAAAAUUAAUAAUUUAUCUAUAGAAAUUCUCUUCAACAAAUGAUAAUUGAUAUCACCCUUUGAGUGAAGAAAUGUUUUAUUAUUUAGUUCUUGAUAAGUCGAGCUUCAAUUUUUGGACUGGUCUUUUCUCCCUCAACCCCCUCCCACAGCCCCCAAUCCUAAACAUUCUGACUUGUUUUUUCCCCAUCAACUCCAGUUGUCACCCUUAAUAUCUUAAAGCUUUGAUUAAAUCAUCUCUUGGCCUGCUAAAUCUCUAGUCUCUUUUCAUAAACAUUAUCUUGAUUUACUGUUCUGUGAACUGACACAGCCCUAUAAUGUUUUGUCCCAUGCAACAUUACAUUGAGAUCCUGACUUGCCAUAAAAUAUCUAAAUAUGUAAUCUUGAGUGGUGUUAUUGGCAAAGGAAGACUCCAGUUCUGUAAAUUCAGGAUUCUCCUGUUCAACAACUGUUUCAUCAGUUGGUCAGUUUUCACACAGUAAGAUUCCACAUGCCUCGAUUUAUAGAUAUUUGUAGUUAGUAUUUUUUUAAGGGAUAAAUGCUAGUGCAGUGUUUUUGCUGAAUAAAGCUAUGGAUUGUUUACAUCCGCCUAAGCAGGGAACGUAUAUACCUAAUCUGUAUCAGUUGAAAUUUUGUCAUGCUGUCUAUUAGCAUUUUGCACUUAGAGCUUAUAAAAUAGGAUAAAUAUUAGUAAUUGGUUGAAAUUAUUUACCUAUCAAAACACCAAAUAUUGUAAUGACUUUGAUUUUUACCACUACUGUUGUGUCUUUGAACCAAUGAAGAACGAAAAGCAGGAAGCAGAGUUAACUUGAAUUGACCAGUUUUCCGAAAGCUGUUAUUAACUCAACAAUAGUCACAAAAGUGACCAAAUUGCUCAAAUUACUCCAUGCAAUUUUUGUCUGUCAUUUCUUUUCAGGUGACCGUACACAACAGGCAAUAAUAUUUUACAUUACUUUUUUUAAAAAAGAAAUAAUUCUAAAAGAAGUGAAUAAAAUUGCAUAUAAGAAUAGUUGCUAUGUGAUAGAAAUUCUGCCAAAUGUCAGCUUUUCUCGCUGUAGUUUCAAUUGGAAAUGCACUUCUCAUCCUGGAAUUUUCAGCUGCGGUCAGCAAGUUCUUUUUGUGCAUUAAAUCAAAUGUUUCUGCUCCAGUGCUGUGAAACUAUGAUCCAACUGCAUGGAGGCUCAGUGGUUAGCACUGCUACCUCCCAGGUUUGAUUCCAGCCUCGGGUGACUGUCUGUGUGGAGUUUGCA